AUGUCAAAAGCCAAAGGCGCCGGCGCCGCAGCCGACCAAAUCGUCAAACUCAUCGUCGGCGCUGGCCAAGCCUCGCCCAGCCCGCCCGUCGGUCCCGCCCUGGGCAGCAAAGGUGUCAAGUCGAUGGAUUUCUGCAAAGAAUUCAACGCCCGCACCGCCAACUUCGUUGUCGGCACGCCGAUGCCGUGCCGCGUCACGGUGCGCCCCGACCGCUCGUUCGCGUUCGACAUCCGCACGCCGCAGACGUCGUGGCUGCUGCUCAACUGCGUCGGGGACGCGGCGCCGCAGAACAAGAAGGGUCAGCGGAGAGGCGCGCAGCGGCCGGGCACGGAGACGGUGGGCGCGGUCAGCCUGAAGCACGUCUACGAGAUUGCCAAGAUCAAGCAGUCGGAGCUGCGGCUGUCGGGGCUUUCGCUGGAGGGCCUCUGCCGGUCCAUCAUCUUCCAGGCCAAGUCGAUCGGUAUCGACGUCGUUGCGUAA